AUGUUACAAAUUAUUGAUGAGUUUGCAAAUCGUCAAACGUUUCUGAACACAAGCCUCUUUGAGGAUCUUUCGCCAGACUUUGAGAGUUCUUUUUUGCAAUGUGGUGGAAUGGAUGCUCCUAACCAUUGGAAAUGCAAAGAUGUACUGAGCAAAAUUUUAACUGAAGAUGGAGUAUGCUACACUUUUAAUUUGUUGCCAAAAGACGAAUUGCUAAGAAAAGAUACUGCAUUACGAAUUGUUGACAGAACGGAAAUAAUUAAACCCAACUGGUCAUUAGAACUGAACAAGCCAACGGAUUCAGAUGAUUAUGAAUAUGGAUUAACAUUUUGCAAAGAUCCAUUACGAGCAUAUACAGUUGGUCACAAACUUUCAAUUAAAGUUGCGUCGAAAGCCAGCGAUGUCUCUCAAUACUGUCAAGGCACUGGAGAACGUUUCAAGGUUUUCCUUCAUAAUCCAUUCGAAAUCCCUUCCAAUCAACAUCAAACAUCAUACGACCUGGAUAUUAGUCAAAUACUAACGCUAUCAGUAAGACCGCGUGUUGUGCUUGCCUCUGAUAAUAUCAAAACUAGCUACACCGCAAAAGAGCGCCGAUGUUUCUUCAAUGCUGAGAAAAGGCUACGUUACUUUCGCGUCUACUCAAAACGCAAUUGUGAAAUUGAAUGUUUGGCAAAUAUUACGAUGACAAUGUGUGGCUGUACGCCUUUUUGGCUUCCUCAAGACAAAAACUCGAAACAUCGCGUAUGUGGUUUGAAAAACUACAAAUGCAUGACGACGGAAAGUUAUGUUUAUUUGAAUUUAGAGAUAGCGGAUGCGUCUUUUGGAAGCCCAGUCGAUACAAAACCUCAAUUCGGAUGCAAUUGCAUGGCAGCAUGUAAAACAAUCAUGUACGAAGCAGACAUAAGAGCUAUUAAGCUGGUGGAAAAUUAUUCAAAUGCUUUUUCGAUUGAGAAGGUGGAUAAAAAUGGUUCCGACCCCGAAACCGAUGCAAACGUAGAUGAGACACAAUUUUCAAAGCUUGUAGUUCAAUUCAAAGAGGCGGAAUUUGUUGCAAUGAAACGUACAGAAUUAUAUGGUUUUACAGAUUUUAUUGCAAACUGUGGUGGUAUCUUGGGACUCUUUAUGGGAGUUAGUAUAUUAAGCUUUGUUGAGCUAAUUUAUUUCAUCUGCAUUCGAUGCAUAACGUCAACAAAAUGCGCGAGACACAACUAAU